AUGGCGGAAACUGACUGGUCGUGCGACGCCAACGAUGCGAUCCAUAUCACCGUCGUGCAGCCUGGCGACACCAAACCUAAGACGCUCUCCACCUUCCACCCUCAAUUCACUUAUCCCAUCUUCGGAGAUGAAGAACAGAUCUUCGGAUACCAGGGUCUGGUGAUUCGUUUGCGAUUUGCCGCCCAUGAUUUGCGUCCUCACCUGCACAUUUCUUAUGAUAAGAAAUUUAAGCCUGUUGGCGACACCGCAGCACUUGAUCUUCUUGGAACCCUGAAACCAUUUGUUUCGGAAGAAGCGCUCAUCAAUCUGCCGGAAUACGAGAAAGCUGUUCAAGAGGAUCCGUCAGCAAAGGACUUUACACCACCGGGCAAGAUGGUAUAUGGUUAUGAGGCCAAUGACAGACAAUAUGAAAUUUGGGCUGGAUCCCUGGCGGAUCCGCGGGUUCGGCUUCUUUUGGACCGCGUGCAAGUUUUGGUUUCGUUGUUUAUCGAAGCUGGAACUCCGUUAGAGACAGAUGAUCCUGAGUGGAGUCUGGAGCGAUGGACCGUUUUCUUUGUAUACGAGAAGAUUACGCCUCCAACGCCAACCGCGUCCUCGUAUUCCAUUGUAGGCUAUGCGACCACCUACCGAUACUGGUAUUACCAACGAGACCGGUCCCAAAGUCCUAUCAUCAAGAACGACGAGUUCCCACCAGCAGAGAUCAAGAUUUCCGAACUGCCCGCCCGUCUUCGUAUUGCUCAGUUCCUCGUUCUUCCCUCACACGCCCGCUCAGGGCACGGAACCCACCUCUAUACUACCAUUCACGCAUUCUGCAUUGCUGAUCCCACGAUUGGGGAGCUGACGGUCGAAGACCCCAAUGAACAAUUCGAUGCCCUUCGCGACUCGGCCGACUUCUGUCUCCUGCGACCCGAGUUUCUUAAACAUGAGGUGAACCUCAACCCGGAUCCUAAUGGCGCAUAUUCCAAAAAGCAACGCCCCCGUGCAGUGCCUACAGCAGUAUUGAUCCCAAGCAAGACACUUGUCGAGAUUCGCACUGCUUUCAAGAUUGAAUCCACUCAGUUCGCACACAUCCUUGAGAUGUUCCUUCUUAGUCAGAUCCCCAAGAGCCACCGUCUGGCUGGAGGAACCAACCUUGCCCGGCUGUUGAUAAAGAAACACAAGGCAGACGAUGCAAAUGACCGACGAUACUACUGGUGGCGCAUGCUUACCAAACAGCGCCUGUACAAGAAGCAUAAGGAACUUCUGGAGGAGCUGGAGCUGCUUGAUCGAGUGGAGAAGCUUGAUGACACUGUCCGCAAUGUGGAAGAGGGUUACGAGAUCACACUGGAUGCUUUAGAGCAGCGCCUAGCCGAACCAGAAGACGAGGAUGCAGCUCCUAGCAGCAGCCGUCGCCAGAAACGCAAGCUUGCCGUUGAGGAUGAUGAUGAUGAUGAAGAAGAAAAUGGUACUGAACUGGCCAAACGCCCGAAGGUGUAG